CCCCCCCCCGUAGACAACCUCCUGGCCAAGCCCUAGACAACCCCUGGACAAAAGGCUACUUCCAACGGGCAGGGCCAUGCUUCUGGGCCUCUCUGGGGCCACACAGGAGUUGGUGGCAGCGGUGAGGGGAGGUCGACUGGAUGACGUCAAGAAGGCCCUGAAGGCUGGUGGUGACCCUGGGGUCGUCAUGCCACAAGAUGACCCCGACUAUGAGAGCGGCACUUUGGUGGCUGUGGCCACGGUCAAGGGACACGCCCACCUAAUCCCUGUCCUGGUGGAAGCUGGGGUUGACGUGAACGGCCGUGGCAGGAGAGAAGGGACGCCCUUGCACCUGGCGGCUGAGAUGAACCAAGUUGAGGUGCUAAAGAUGCUGCUCCUUCACGGUGCCAGCAUAGAGGCCUCUACUGCUGAUGAAUACAAGCAGAUGCCGCUGCACAAGGCCGCCUGGACGGGAGCAGCCAGAUGCGUGAGGUCACUUCUGGAGGCCGGCGCUAACAUUGAAGCCAAGACCCACAACCUGUACACCCCGCUACACAAAGCCGCGCGCAAAAACCAAGUCGAAGUCAUCUCCAUCCUCAUCAGCUGGGGUUGCGAGCGCGAGGCGCAGACGGCGGCGGGGUGGACGGCGCUGCACGUGGCGGGUCUUGGUGGGUGUGUCGAGGCCGCUCAGGCCCUCCUGGCCCACAAUCUCGACCCCACGGCCAGGGACGCCAAGGGCCGCACCCCGGCCACCGUGGCCGACGUAUGGGGACGCAGCGACGCCCACUGGUUCUUCAGCAAGCUGCCCAAAGUGGUCUUCGAUGCCUCCUUGGCUCCUGCGACCGGAAUGUUCAAGGAGGACAGUCGCGCCAUAUAUGAGGACAACGAGAAAGCUGUGCUCCGGUGGGCACAAGAGGGCAAGUUCUGGAAGCUGAAGGACAGGAUCCCCAACAUCCGCGACGGCCACUACCAGGACCAUCGCGGCUACACAGCUCUGCACGUCGCGGCCCACCGUGGCGACGAGACCACCGUCAGGGUCCUCUUGGAGGACCGCUGCUUAGUGUACCCUGGAGCGCUCACCUACAGCGGCCACACUCCGGCAGAUCUGGCGCGGCUGGGAGGCUUCUCACAGCUGGCAGAUCUCAUCCAAGAUGCUCUACAUAGCUCUAAGUCAGGUGAGGUCGAGGAGCGCCAUCUGUACGGCCGCUUGCUGGAGCUCAUCUGUCACGGUGACGAUGUGCAGGAGGCUUGCCAACUCCUGCUGCAGGGGGCUCCUCUGGAGGCCACGGCGGAGUACCCUACACACGCCCUGGUCCUGGCGGUCACCAGCAACAGGCCCAGGAUCCUGAGCCUGCUGGUGGCCGCAGGAGCUCCUCUCACUCCUGUGGUGUGUGGGCUCAAUCUCCUCCAGCUGGCGUGGCUCUCACCAGAUGUCACCACCUACGUCAAGAUGCUGGUUACGAGGGCUAUGGAGCAUGUGCUCGAGGAGGAAGCAGGUCGGGUGCGCGGCCAGGCCCAUGGUCUGUAUGAAGGUAUCACCAGGCUGUUGGGGGUGGUAAAGGGCCCUCGACCCUGGCUGGCGGCAUGGCCCUCCCUCCAUCCCCCAUCUCAACACCAGCACACUCAAGUCCCGCCAUCUCCUCAGUUGAUGGUGGCGGCGGCUGAGGCAGACUGCAGGUUAACGACAGUGUUCCUGGAGCAGGCCGGUGCCAUGCCCUUCACGGUACACCAGGCUUCAGGGCUCACAGCCAUCAAUGCCGCCCUCCGUGCCUCCCACUGGCACUUGGCGACUCAUCUGGCCAAGACCUCAGGCAGUCUGUACAUCCCUAGUGCCCCUGGUGCCAUCUUGCCCAGAGACCUCCUGCCCGAGGAUAAGAAGCAGAAGCUAGAGAAGGAAAUAUACGACCAAGAGAGGAGGAUUCUGACCCACCACCGGGAGAAAGUGAAGGACAGGGAGGAUAAGGAUGCCAUUUCAAGUGUUAUUCACUUGCAGACGAAGUUGUAUAAAGCUUACUGCAGGUCACACCACACUGGGCAGCAGGAGAGAGUGAGCGUGGCUGCGCGUCAAGUAUCACCAACUCUACUGCUGGCGUCUCAGAUGGGCCUGGUGCAGCUGACCUUCCUGCUGGUGACAAUAGGUGGGGUGGAUGUGAACAUUGUGGUGGAGCCUCUCACGGGCACUACCCCACUCCACCAGGCUGCUGCCUUUGGCCACACAUCACUCCUUGCAUUUUUCUUGAGUAUUAUCGACCCGAGCCACGUAUGUCCUGAUAAUUAUAAUCGUUCCCCAACCCACUUGGCUGCUUUGUUUGGUCAUGACCAGACCUUUGAAUAUUUAUCCCAUCACUUCCAUGGAUAUACUUGUAAAGCAGGGAAUACACAUACGGAGGUGAGAAAUAAUUUCAUUAAAUAUUUACAACUAUACCAGAAAGUUUGUGAGAAUGCGGCAGUGGACGAAGACCCGUGGCGAGUGAACAGUUGCUCUGAAGCUGUCAAGCACCACUUUCAGUCGCUGAACAUGACUGAUAUUUUGAACAAUAACAAGGAAGUCAACUUCAUGGAAGGAGAGGCGGCGGAGGUGCGAUCAGCUGUUAUGAAGGAGUUGCAGGUUAUCAUGGAAAGAGUUUCCGAUAUGAACCCGCUACUCCAAGGGGAACUUGAGCUUCUGGGUAGUUCUGCAGAUGGCACUCGGCUCUAUGGUCCUGAUGAAUAUGAUGUAAAUUAUGUCAUUAAGGACCUACCAGCGUUGGAAGUUAAAGUGGUAAGGUUAGUUGGUAAAAAUCCUCUUAAGAAAGGUCAUAGUCUCAGUGUCAGAAUUAAAACUAAGAAUAAAGAAAUAAAACAUCUACUUAAGAAAUCCAAUUGGAAAAACAUGUUUUUCGAAGCAGUACAAAGUGCUGUGGAACAUCACGAGGUCGUGGACCAUCGUCUCAGCUUCGUCCCGCCCGGUGUAACGCGGACCAAGGUAGGGGCAGGCCUGGCGCUGGCCUGGCAAGGGCAACAGUACCCAUUGCUGCUUGUUGGCGUUGACCUGGUCCCUGUAAUGAAAGUCAGGUGGCCUAAGGGGGUAGAUAGGCCAUUUCUCAUCCCACACGACCAGGAUCAAGUUUACCUGACCAGCAUCGGGGGUGGAGAGUGGAGGUUCUCCUUCGCUGGAAUAGAAGCGUCGAUAUUAAGGCAACUGGAUAUUCAUGAACGCCGCACCUUCCUGUCUUGUAAGACAUUACUCUCCUGCAUGAAACCCGAGCCAUGGAUGACCAAACACCUCAAGAGAAGGUUCAGGUGGUGGGACUCAAGGUACUGGAAUAUACCUGCUCCCUGUGGGUUUGCCCUUAAGAACUGCUUCUUCAUGGAACUUGAGAAAAAGAGAAAACAUAGAGACAUAUGGACUGAAGACAAGCUUGUGGAAAGAAUGUGUUCCAUCUUCCGCAGGAUGUGUGAAGAUUGCACAGAUCCAUCAACAAACUCUGAGCAACUCGUUCCGCAUAAAGUGUUUGCUUACUUUGGAGGAAAGUUUGAGAGACCCAAACUGGGGGUUGGAGCUCCUGAAAUUGUUAAACAUUUAAAUAAAUAUGCAAUGUCCAGACAUACCAGCUAGCCGCCAUGUCAUAAAUAUAGUCUUGCUGUUAUUAAGAUUUCAUUAUAGUGAUGGUUUAAUGUCACCUGUGAGAGAUGACAGAAUGUCUUAAGAUUGUAUUAUCAUGGUUAAGUAGACACCAACGAAAGAUGAGAGAAUGUACAAGAUGGUAUUACAGUGGUGGAUUAAUGAGACCCGUGAGAUAACAAAAUGGCAGAUUGGUGGUUUUCGUGUUGGUGUCGUGGAAAGCAUUGCCAUCACACCCGACAACACAUGCUGGCAGCUGCUAUCACAAUAUAUCUCAGACGAAACCAGAAAGAAUCUCAAAUCAGUUUUACUCUUGAGUAAAACUGCACGAAUUUGGGAGAAAAUAUCUCUAUGAUCUUCAACAAACUCCUUUUUAUAUUCAUAUUUAUAAUGGCAGACUUGAGAUUGACAUGAGCGUAUAUUUGUAAAUAUUUAGGGUAAUGUCUCCCACCAACAACAGCACCAUGAACUCAGGGACCCGGGUUCAACCCCUGGGCAAGACAGAUGCGGUCGGGCACGUUUCCUUUCACCUGAUGCAUCUGUUCACCUAGCAAUAAAAUAGGAACCCGGGAAUUAGUAAACUGCUGUGGGAUCCAUCCUGGGGAAAUGUCAGUAGGCCUAGAGGGGGGCCUCGAUAAGCCUAAGUGCAGGCUUCCUGUCCCCGACAACUGAAAUUAUUUUAGAUAUCUUACUGUACGUUAUAUACUAGCAGGGAUCUGAUAUAAGACUGAUAUACUAGCAGGGAUCUGAUAUACUAGCAGGGAUCUGAUGUAAGACUGAUAUACUAGCAGGGAUCUGAUAUGACUGAUAUACUAACAGGUAUCUGAUAUGAUUGAUAUACUCACAGGGAUCUGAUGUAAGACUGAUAUACUAGCAGGGAUCUGAUGUAAGACUGAUAUACUAGCAGGGAUCUGAUAUAAGACUGAUAUACUAGCAGGGAUCUGAUGUAAGACUGAUAUACUAGCAGGGAUCUGAUAUAAGACUGAUAUACUAGCAGGGAUCUGAUAUAAGACUAAUAUACUAGCAGGGAUCUGAUGUAAGACUGAUAUACUAGCAGGGAUCUGAUAUGAGACUGAUAUACUAGCAGGGAUCUGAUAUAAGACUAAUAUACUAGCAGGGAUCUGAUAUGAGACUGAUAUACUAGCAGGGAUCUGAUAUGAGACUGAUAUACUAGCAGGGAUCUGAUAUAAGACUAAUAUACUAGCAGGGAUCUGAUAUAAGACUGAUAUACUAGCAGGGAUCUGAUAUGAGACUGAUAUACUAACAGAGAUCUGAUAUGACUGAUAUACUAACAGGUAUCUGAUAUGAUUGAUAUACUCACAGGGAUCUGAUAUAAGACUGAUAUACUAGCAGGGAUCUGAUAUAAGACUGAUAUACUAACAGGGAUCUGAUAUAAGACUGAUAUACUAGCAGGGAUCUGAUGUAAGACUGAUAUACUAGCAGGGAUCUGAUGUAAGACUGAUAUACUAACAGGGAUCUGAUAUAAGACUGAUAUACUAACAGGGAUCUGACAUGACUGAUAUACUAAUAGGGAUCUGAUAUAAGACUGAUAUACUAGCAGGGAUCUGAUAUAAGACUGAUAUACUAACAGGGAUCUGCAGAUAUAAGACUGAUAUACUAGCAGGGAUCUGAUAUAAGACUGAUAUACUAACAGGGAUCUGAUAUAAGACUGAUAUACUAACAGGGAUCUGAUAUAAGACUGAUAUACUAACAGGGAUCUGAUAUAAGACUGAUUUACUAGCAGGGAUCUGAUAUAAGACUGAUAUACUAACAGGGAUCUGAUAUAAGACUGAUAUACUAACAGGGAUCUGAUAUAAGACUGAUAUACUAACAGGGAUCUGAUAUAAGACUGAUAUACUAACAGGGAUCUGAUAUAAGACUGAUAUACUAACAGGGAUCUGAUAUAAGACUGAUAUACUAACGGAUCUGAUAUAAGACUGAUAUACUAAGAGGGAUCUGAUAUAAGACUGAUAUACUAACAGGGAUCUGAUAUAAGACUGAUAUACUAACAGGGAUCUGAUAUAAGACUGAUAUACUAACAGGGAUCUGAUAUAAGACUGAUAUAUAUACUAACAGGGAUCUGAUGUAAGGCAUAUGCUAGCAGGUGUAUUAUGUCAGACUCAUGUAUGGUCAUUUACCUGUAAUGGGUUGGGACAAGUUGGCAAUAAUGGGAUGAUGUAAACAACGCUUGGAAUCAAAUGUAGUUAAUUAUUUGUAGAAACAUCAUGACCCAUACGCUGAGUGUGGGAGGAAGUAUUGCCAUCAAGGAUGUCUGUGAACAGGUGAACAGGUUCACUUGUGCAAUGUUCAGAGACUUCAAGUUCAAGUAUGUUUAUUGAGACAAGAAAUAAAUACAUCUCAAAGGGAUAGGGUAGCUUAGGCUAUUUCUCAGAGACUUUAAUCGUGACUCAACCUUAUUGUUGAGGUUCAACAACAUCACACAAGAGUUCGAUGAGGAUUUCGUCUUAGAGUUCGAAGAGCUUAGAUAUUUAUGUGACUGCAGGGGUGGAUAUUUUGUGAGCAGUUUAUUAUAUUAAAAAGACAACCAAAUAUGUGUAGCUUUUAAAUUGGCUUAAGCUGUAGGGAGUAUUUAUGUGUGUGUGUGUGUGUUACAAUAUCAAUUGUUUCUAUAAUAUUAAAAUUGUAUACACAAUUUUUUUUCUCUGGGACCAUAUAUAUAAGGUAGGUUACUAUAGGGUAAUAAGGCAGCAUAGUAGUUUAUAUA